AUGGGUAGAAGAGCAUGGGGAUAUGAGAGAAGGUUAGAGGAGGACGACAUCUUCGAAUUAGUGUCGAGGUUAGGCGGAUGCAGAAACGAGCAGAUCAAAGUUGGUGCUAUUAGGAGGCUGCCCAAUGGAAACAACAUGGUGUGGGUGCAAUGCCCAGUGGACGCGGCAAUCCUGGUAGCCGAGAAGAAGAGACUGAGGAUCAGGUGGACUACAGCUCGGGUGGAAAUGUUACAAAAACGGCCCACCCAAUGCUACAAGUGUUGGCGGAAAGGGCACAUACGCAAUAAUUGUCCAUUUAAGGAAGAUUAUAGCAAGGUGUGCUUUAGAUGUGGCGGCAACGACCACCCUGUAAAAAUAUGCACAGCCGACAUCAAAUGCAGAGUGUGCGCAGACAAAAACCUAAGCGCCAAUCAUCGAGUUGGAUCCAACAAAUGCAGCCUGGACCAAGACGAAAGGAGAGAGAGUAUACGAAAGGAAACCCAGCAAGAGCCGGAUCGGAGAGUAGCGGCUCCACCUGUGUCGCAGGAUGAUUACAGCACUACAAUGUAA